UUUUGAACUGGAAUGUGUCAACAAAAUGGCGAACAACAACAGUGUCGAAGAGUACCUAGUUUAUUUGAAAGAAAAUGCGAACGAACUAAGACAGCUCGGCAAAAAAUGGGGCAUGACAGAAGAAGAGAUAAAUAGUUGUGUGACUGAAGCCCUGUCAAUGACGGAGAACAAAGAAGAGUUGAAGAAAUCGCCGAAAAAUAAAGCCAGGAAAUGCUGGUCCUACUUCCUGUUUGCUUUGAAGUUCCAGCUGGCUUUCUGUUUGCUGGUAUUUGUACUGAUUGCAGGAAUCUAUAUCACAGCAUCAUAUCAUGAACCCACACAGCGGGCUGUCAUCAAAGUUAUCAUGCCCUACAGCUAUGAGAUAAUGAGGCUUGUAAGACUUGCUGCAGUGCCAUUACAUGGAAUGUUCAAUAUCUCGAGCUUGUACAACUCUGAAUGCCUGAUAGAAAAUCCUUACUUCAUUCAAGAAACACCCGACUGUAACAUAUGUCGAAGUUUCAAGCAGGCGAAAGGUCUCAAUGCCUCUACAUUCAAUGCCACCAAGUUUACAGCAUAUGCCAAUACAUUGAAACCUGUCAAGCUCAUGAAAACAAUAGAGAGGAACAUAACAUACAGCGAUAUAAGGAAAAUGUAUCUGGAAACCCAAGACAGACUUGUGGCCGAACCACACCAGUUUACAUCGACUGUACCAAGCAUACAGUCUCUAUCCCAGUUGUUUGAUGAAGAUCACGGAGAAGAGAUUGAUGCACAUGAAAACCAGCACAUUGAUUGGCACAGUACAACAGUGAAAGCUAGUGCAGGUCUUAGAACACUAUUUCCAAGACCACACUAUCUGCCACCUGAGACAGAAGUCACACUGGAGAAACAUGUCCUUAUAGAUGGCCCAAACACAACAGCGUAUCAUUUGCCUGUCAUGAACAGCAGUCCGUUACAUCUGUACACACAGGGGAGUGGGAAGAGACGUUUGCUUGUAAGACCUGUGGAAGGCUGUAAAGAAUACUGUAACUCUAUGCUAGUGUUCAUGGACCCAGGAGAUGCAUUGUUGUAUAAUCGAGAUAUGUGGCGAGUGUACCUGUCUACCAGUGGUGACACAACCAGUGUGGGAUAUGUUAUUGCAAUACAGAUCUAGAAUCCAAUUAACAGAAUUCUAUAUGUACUAGACAAUGCGUCUCUUUAAUUUUUUGACACAGAGAUUUACCCAUAUAAGAAUCUUUUAUAAACACUAAACUUGCAACCUAGACAGGUCUCAUAAAUUUUCUUAUGCUUUAAGUAAACUAUACAUACAUGUUCCAAGACUGAAAUUGUUGGCUUUAUAUUCGGAAGUAUUUUCAAAUUUGUUUUUGUAUUGAAAUGGAAAAAUACCGCUAGAUAAACAGAGAUAUGAAAUAAGCUUCAAUGGAAUUUUUUUUUUUUUUUAUAAUAAUCGUUAACAUGUUUUAUUUUGUAGCUGGAUAACACAAAAACUGAAAUUGAACUCUUGCAAAAAUAAUGAUAAUAAUAAUGAACUAAUACAGUUGAUGAGGAGGAAGUAUUUCUUAUCACAUACAAAGAAAGAGAUUGUCAUCAUCAAUACAUGUAUACCAAGAACAAAGAGAUUUUUAAGCAUUA